AAUUGCUCUUUGCGAAGGGAAAAGAAAGAAGAGAGAGAAGCUGCGCACCUUUCACACUAGAGCUGAAACUUGCAUCGCCAUUCCCACAAAGAUCGCAAAAACAACACUUGAAACUCAAACACCAAUUCCUCGUACGAGGCUUCUCUUUUUCGUUACCAAUUCUCGUGUUUAAGGGCUUGAAGGAAUAUGCAACUAUCUCUUCAGACUGAAUUAGUUCAGGUUUUUGACACUUCAGCUUUUUUUGUUUGCUGUUGAUAAUUUGCAUUCCUCAGUCUGUAAAAAGAAAAUGUUGUCAUGAGAAUAACAUUCUGCUGUCUAUUAUCCAGGACACAGUUUUCUUGAUACAUUUCCAAGUUUUUAUCUCCAUGUUUUGAUUUUGAAGAAUAAGGAGCAUGAAUAUGCUUUUGGUGUAAGUGGCUUGUAUAUGGCUUCGGGGAUUGUGAUUGUAAACAACAUGGAGGAUAUUCAAUUGGAUAUCAGUUGGGAUGAUGUCGUCUGUCCUAUAUGCUUGGAUUUUCCUCACAAUAGUGUACUCCUUCAGUGCUCAUCUUAUGAUAAAGGAUGUCGAGCUUUUGUAUGUGAUACAAAUCAUUUGCACUCAAAUUGUUUAGAUCGCUUUAAAAAUGCAUGUGGCAUGCCAUCCUCUCCGGUGUCUAAUGAAGCUUCUUCUGUAAGUAGUGAUCCCGAGGUGUCAAAUGGUCAAUGCAACCUGACUUGCCCCUUGUGUAGAGGCGAGGUUUCUGGGUGGAUCAUAGUUGAUAAAGCUCGUGCACAUCUUGAUGAGAAGAAGCGUUGUUGUGAUGAGGUGCAUUGUACGUUCAAGGGAAGUUACUUGGACCUACAAAAACAUGCUGAACUUGAACACCCCCAUGCGCGGCCAUCAAAGAUUGAUCCUGCCCGCCAGCUUGAUUGGGAGAAUUUUCAACAAUCGUCAGAGAUCAUAGAUGUUUUGAGCACCAUUCAUUCAGAAAUCCCGCGAGGGGUUGUUUUAGGAGAUUAUGUGAUUGAAUACGGGGAUGAUGAUGCUAGAGAUGAGUUUGAGGACUUCCCUGGAGAUGAAGGCAACUGGUGGACCUCUUGUAUUCUGUACUUGGACCACUUCAGGAGAUCCAGAAAUAGAAGAAGAGCAAGAAUCAGUAAUGCUAGAAGGGGUAAUCACCGUUUAAGUUACGAUACUUCAAAUUCUGAUGAAGGUUCUGUAGCAUCGGUGGAGUAUGCAGAUUAUAGGAUAGAAGAGAUCGAUGAUGAGUUUGUUAGUAGUGCAAAUGGCUCUUCAAGGAGCAGCAGUGGUUAUCGCAGUAAUGUCAUGCACAGAUCUCAGAGACGUCGUUCCCGCUUCUAUGACAAUUAGUUUGCAGGAGGUAUAUGAAUUGAAGGGAUGCAAAAGAAGGGACAUGGGAAACCAGCCUGUGUUUCCAUGCAAAGAUUAAGUUUAGUCUGUCUAUUGCUUUUACCAUGAGAUGUGGUCGUUGAGAGACUAUAAAUUUGGCAGAUCGAUUUGGUCACAUACUCAAUUUCUUAUCUUUUAUGCUUCUUAGCUUCAAAAUCACAUUUUCUAUCUGAAUCUAAGGAAGUGUGCUAGCCAUUACAAGCCUGUUAAGUUCAGUUCCUGAUAGGCAACCAUAGUGAUUUUAGCCAGCAUUUUGCUGCUUAACUUUGGAAUAAUGAUUUUUUUUUUCCUGUUAUUUUCCCUGUACAUAUAGGAUAUAGAUAAUUGAUUGUGAUAUGGUAGAAUAUCAUAAGAAUGACAGUUUCUAUGUCACUGAAAAAUUGUUCUAUAUUUUUCCCAUUUACUAAUUGCCCAUGUGACUUCAUAUAU